AUUAUUAACUAGUUGACCGGAAGUUAUGAAACCCAUGCAAAUCUCACGAUGAUAAUAAUUUUGUAUAUAAGAGCAAUUCGAUCACUAGGUUGAAUUUAAACCAGUGUCAUCGUUUGGAAACAGCUCAUCAAAGAAAUUAAAUGAUGUUUGGACUUGAAGGACUUUUUGCUGAGGAAGGAGAACCUUUUGGUCCGUCCAACCAUCAGUCCAAACCCGGAUUACCUCAGCCCCCGUCAAAACGAGGGAGAAGUGGAUUGUGCGGUAUCAGCAAUCAAGGGGCUACGUGUUACCUCAAUUCUCUUCUACAGACGUUAUUUUUUACCACAGAAUUUAGGGAUGCCUUGUUUAGUCUUGGUGAAAAAGAGUUGGGUAGUCUGGCCAGGAAAAAUACCAAUGAAAAGGUACGAGUGAUACCACUACACCUGCAAAAGUUAUUUGCUCGACUCAUGAUGUCGGACAGACAGAGUGUGUCCACUACAGAACUGACCGACAGCUUUGGCUGGACAAAUAAUGAGGAGCUGCAACAACAUGAUGUCCAGGAACUGAACCGGAUUCUCUUCAGUGCAAUAGAAGACUCUUUAGUGGGAACCUCGGGCCAGCACCUCAUAAACCAACUUUAUCAUGGAACCAUAGUCAACCAGAUUGUGUGUUCAGUUUGUGGGAAAGUCAGUGAAAGAGAGGAGGAUUUUCUGGACCUGAGUGUUGCAGUGAGUGGGGCUAAUUCGCUGGAGGCGGGGCUACGAAGUUAUUAUUGUGAAACGGAAACCAUGGAGGGCAAGAACCAGUAUCGAUGUGAAAACUGUAAUAAACUGGUGGAUGCCAAAAAGGGUGCUAAGCUCCGCUCACUGCCGAACAUCCUCACAAUCUCGCUGCUGAGAUUCAGUUUUGAUCUCAUCAAAAUGGAAAGAUAUAAGGAAGCAGGAAAAUUUGUUUUUCCGACUUGUCUGGAUAUGUCGCCUUAUGAAGAGAAGGUUGAAGGCUCGUCUGUGUACGAAUUGUUCUCUGUGGUGGUUCAUAAAGGCGGGGCUCACGGGGGGCAUUAUACGGCCUACAUAAGGGACACAGACAAUCUAGGAACGUGGUUGUCUCCAGAAGAAGGUGGAAUCUCGAUGCUCGGUAGUCUCGAGUCUGGAGAACUCGAUGUGAUUGAGUGUGACUCACCAAUUGAACUUGUACAGACCAUACUUCACCAUGCUCCUGAGAAAUGCCUGACUAUUGACAAGCUUGGAGGGGAAAUCACAAAGAAGACAGGGGUGUCUUGGAAUAAAAGAUUUAAAAAGCAGUAUGGUCCUAUUACAAAGUUCAUUGUGAAGUAUGAUGACAAAUUCUUUUUUGAUCCGUCCUCAAACUCGGUCAGUUUAAAGCAGUACUCUAGUGAGGUGUCGUCACAGACUAAGGAGGCCCAGGUGUCCUCGUCAACCAACACAGAGGGAGAUAACUCUAAAAGAUCCAGGCCUCAGUCCCCUCCUCCACCUUCAGGCUAUUGUUGGUUUCAUUUUAACGACAGCCAUGUGCAUUCGGUUCGAGAGCAGGAGCUUCAGAACACGUUUUCCGGGAAGUCCAGUGCCUACAUGUUGUUCUACAGACGUAUUGUUGAAGAGUCAAAUAACGCUUCAUCUGUGUGUUCUAUACCAGCAUCCUUAGUGAUGGAUGUCACCGCUGAAAAUGAGGAUCUACAGAAACAAAGAGAGGCUUAUGAGGUAGAACUAAACAAGUUAAACCUCCGUAUCCACUUUGCUGCUUGGUUCAUGGUCAGUGAUGGUGUACUACAACCACAGGACUUUGAGAGUAGUUAUCUCCCCCUGAUACUGGACCGUCGACAGAGCCUGGUAGAUCUCCGGAUUGCUGUAAUGGAGCUUGGAGGAGAACUAGUGCCGGAAGACUUUGUGAUCCAUACCAUGAAGGAACUUCCAUCCGGAUACCACCUGUACACUGCUCUCAUUGGAUCAGAAGACGUGUCUCUCCAGAGCCUGGGGGUGGGAGAUGAAAUGUCCCUGUUUGUUUGGAAUGGACAGAUGGUCGAUGGAGUGACUGUGUCUGUGGGCGAGGAAACGGAACCAAUACUGCUAAAUAUAGCUCCACCAGAGGGGGAUUCCCUCAUCAGGGGUUUUUCCAAAAAUUUGCUGUUAACAGAUGUUAUGGACACGGUGUGUGAAGUAUUUCGUCUGAGCCAGAGUUCUGUUACAAUACAGAGGCUGGUGGGAAAAGGGGAACAGAAAUUGCUAGCAUUUACACCAGAGGAACUAACACAGUCCAUAUCAGAGCUAAAGCUUAGCAAUGGAUCAGCAUUAUUCAUUGUAAAACAAACUGAACAAAGUAACCAUGCAUCGAACAUACCGGUCAACGUCAAAUUUACAGUUACCAUUGAAAAUCGAUGUCAGGAAAUCAAUGGGCAGAGGCAAACCAUGCAGUUUCAGGCUCUCCCAACAGAUUCCGUGUCCCUCUUGAAAACCUUAGCAGUGUCGAAAUUCCGAUUAACGGAGAUCCGUGAGGGUGGCAGGUUGCGAUUAGAAGACCACACAAUGGGCCUUAGAUCUCCAUUAUGUGACGAGAUAACCUUGUCAGAAGCUAGAAUCGGCAAAGAUUCCAAACUUGUCUUAGAACCAGGACAAGCCCCGAAGUCUAACCAGAUAACUAUCAACAUUACAACUGAUGGGGCGGAGGAAGGAAUCCCUGACACGGUGGAAAUGUUAGUGGAUAGAAAUCAGACUGUGGGGAGUUGUCUAACCUGUGUGUUAAACCGACUAGGAGUUCAAGACAAUGGCUGGCACCUACGUAAAACUAACUGGUGUGGUGAGGCAGCAGAUGUUCUCAUUGACCUUGAGGUGACCCUGGACCAUAGUAGGGUGUACGAUGGUGAUUCUUUGAUCCUGGAGAGAGGGAGGUUACCACCAAAGGGGUUUAUUUGUCCAGAGAUCUGGUUGUAUCCAUUGUUAGAAUCAGCGCAGCAGAGCAGUAAGUCAGGGUUCCUGUCAUGGCUGUCCUCAGGGAUUCAAAGACUUUGGAACACUUCCUCAGGGGAAGUAACUGCAGGCAAUCAAACAGAUGCACUACAUGUUGGGGAUAUCCAGGUCUCUGUGGAUUCCACCCUGGAUGAUCUCAAAUUGCAGGUCAUGACCUUGCCAGCCAUCACAGAUCUUGGAGUACCAAUGGCGGAGUUCCUGCGUGUCAGAGUAAUAGAAGAUGGACGACUAGCAACAAUUCUUAAGGGGGAAUCUCAAACACUGAGAAAGCUGCGACUAACUGCUUGUGGGAAAUUGGCAAUCCAGAUUCUUCCGCAGGAGGAAAACCUCACUGCCAACCACAUUGUUCUGGAAGUCAGACAGAGAAUACCAGAUACAAAGACCUACACCCCAGGACAAGAGAUAGUGUGGAAUGUAUCCCAGGGGGCAACAGCACACAGUCUGAAACAAAUCAUUGCUGAUGCAUUUCUAAUUCCUGUGGAACACAUCUUGGUAGCCAAACAUUUACCCAAGAAAUAUGAGUGGUCGAUUAUCAAAGAACAACAAAAGAAAUCUCCAGGGAAAGGAGGUAGGAAAAAGGGUCCUCAGAAGUCCAACUUGCGACAAGCUCCUUAUCACAUUCAAGAUGGUGAUGUUAUAGGAAUUAAGAACUUACAAUUUGACCCACUGUGCCCUGAGGAUUUUUGUACUGAAGAGGAUGAGCGGGGACAGGAUGAACUAAGAAAGACGGCUGAGGAGAAGAGGAAAGAAAGAGAGUACAAGAAAAACAGGGAUGCAGGAGACUAUGAUUUAAUCAACAUGAAAAAGAAACGUCCAGAGGCCACACUCAGUAUAAAAGUGGACGAUUUUACGUGAUUGCUGUAAAACAAAAGUGGACGAUUUUACGUGAUUGCUGUAAAACAAAAGUGGACGAUUUUACGUGAUUGCUGUAAAACAAAAGUGGAUGAUUUUACGCGAUUGCUGUAAAACAAAAAGGUGGAUGGUUUUACAUGAUUACCGGUUCUGUAAACGGAAACGUGGAGGGUUUUAUGCGAUUACUGUAAACUAAAAAAGUGGACGAUUUCAUGUGACGUUUGGAAGGAAAUUAAGUUAUUUUUGAAAUUUUGUUGAUGUUUGUAUUCAUCUUGAUUGUUAAAUGUUUACAACUCUGAGGGCUUUCAUUUCAGAAAAUAUCUGAAGUACGAUAACAUGUGAUACAAAUAAAAGUUUGCCUCCAUA